AAUAAAUACUUUUUGUCAUUUCACUUUCCCAACCUCCAUACUUAUAUCCGCCAUUUGUAAACGUUUCCCACAACAACGGAAAUCCAAUGUUCGGUGUACCUCUAAACCUUUAUCCACCGAGGAACGAUAAAAGCCGAUGCCCCCAAAAUUGGAGGGAAAUAUGUCAGCCCCCAUUUACAGUGGUCGUAUUUUGUGUCAUAUAUCAGAAAUACGUUUAGAAAGGAUUCUUGCAAGUGGACAAUCAUUCAGGUGGAAAGAAGAAAAGCCAGGAAUAUGGACUGGUGUUUUGUUUGACCGAAUCUGGAGAUUAUGGCAAUCAGAAGCUGCUAUUUCUUACCAAAUCUUUGGAAACAACAAGUUAAAAUCAGAAGCAAACGAAAUCUUGCCUAUAACAAAGGCAGUCAAAGCAGAAGUAAUAAAGACCUGUGAAGGUGAUAUAGUAUUACAGCAGAAAGGUCAAGUGACUACACAGUCAAGUAAUAAAACGGAAGGAAUAUCUGAUAAUAUGUAUGCAGAUUUGAUGAAGGAUUAUUUUCAGUUAAAUGUCAGUGUUGCAAACUUGUAUAAAAAGUGGUCAGAAGUUGAUUCCAAUUUUCAGUCCAUAUCUUCCAAAUUUGAGGGAAUACGGACGUUACGUCAAGAUCCUGUGGAAAACUUAUUUUCCUUCAUAUGCUCAUCAAAUAAUCAUAUCUCAAGGAUAUCAACCAUGAUAGAGAAACUCUGUGAAAAUUAUGGUCGAGAGGUGGGGCAGUUAGAUGGAAAGACAUAUUUCAGUUUUCCCACGGUGUCUGAGAUGGCAGAUGAUGGUGUGGAAAGUGAAUUAAGGAACCUAGGUUUUGGAUAUAGGUAA